CGUAACCGGUCAUUGGAAAUUUACUUGUCGUCACUUCAUCGAUCGACUGGGAUUUAUGAUACAUAACGCGUGUACUCUGUAUUGUCGCUGAUGUUCUGUACAUUGUUCGUGAAUCUUGGAUGUAUUUGAUCUUGUUUGAUAUUGCGGAAAAGGAUAUAGUCAUUCAGGAAUAUUGCAGGAAAGUAACCGGAAAGUUUCGAAGUUGCCUGACAGCCACUCAAGGUCGCCGCUGCAUGCUGAUCGCUGCCAUCUACUCUUACGGACGUCGUUUACUGGCUUAGCUUGAGAUAAAAACUCUGGUCAACUUACCGUAAUAGUGAUUCCUCCGAAACUUGUUUGGAUUGUAUUCCGCAGCCAAUCGACAGUAUGAGCAAACGAGGCGGUGAACACAGAAUGGAUGUGGCCAUUGAAGAUGACACAGAUAAGGACUUGAGUUCUUUUGCUAUGCCACUGCUUGAUAGUGAGGGCUGUAAAGAUGUAAAGAUGGCAGCUGGUAACUAUGGCAACACUGAUCAGGGUGCCCCAAUCAAUAAUCCCACUUCCCCUAGGAAAUACACUCUUCCGUAUGACAUUCCAAAAAAACGAGUGGGCGUGGGACGGAUCGGUUCACCAGUAAGUAAAUCUCCCAAAUCACCUACCUGCCGCUCACCUGGUGUCGGGAUGAUGUCUCCUAUACGUGUAGGAUCACCUAAUGUGCCACUUGGACCCACGUCACCAAAAACUAUUCCGUCAUCGCCGGGUUAUGCAGUACCGACAGUGAAUAAACUAAGUGCACUUAAACUCCAGGAUUACAACAACGAACCCGGACGACGUCAGCCGUAUCGCUCACUAUCUCAACAAAUGAACGACACUAAGAUAGAUGAUAGCAAAGACUCGGUGUUCCUCACCGGGGAUGCUGGGUUGGAGAACAUGGACAUUGAUGAAGACGAUGAAGCACUUGGUUUUGUGCGAUUUAUGAAAACUCAUAAAUGUUAUGAUCUUAUACCAACCAGUUCAAAAUUAGUGGUUUUUGAUACACAAUUAUUGGUAAAGAAAGCUUUCUUUGCAUUGGUAUACAAUGGUGUGAGGGCAGCGCCGUUAUGGGAUACUAAUAAACAAGACUUUGUAGGAAUGCUAACAAUUACAGAUUUUAUCCAUAUACUUCAAUAUUAUUACAAGUCGCCAUUAGUUAAAAUGGAUGAAUUGGAAGAACAUAAAAUCGAGACAUGGAGAGAUGUACUACACACCAAACAGAAACCAUUGAUAACGAUAGGUCCCGAUGAAUCUUUAUUUGAGGCAGUUCGUAUAUUAAUUAAGAAUAAAAUUCAUAGGCUUCCUGUUAUUGACAGACUUACUGGCAAUGUUAUCUAUAUACUUACGCAUAAACGUAUUCUCCGUUUUUUAUACCUCUAUGUACACGAGGUCAAGUUACCUGACUUUAUGAAUAAGUCAUUAGAAGAGCUAGGAAUCGGAAGUUUCAAGAAUAUUGCAACAGCGUCACCAGAUACUCCAUUAAUUGUAGCGUUAAAAACUUUCAUUGAAAGAAGAGUUUCAGCUUUACCUGUGAUAGAUGAGAAUGGUACUGUUGUUGAUAUCUAUUCUAAGUUUGAUGUUAUCAAUCUAGCUGCUGAGAAGACGUACAACAACUUAGAUGUUACCAUCAGACAAGCAUUACAGCAUAGGGAAACAUAUUUUGAAGGGGUACAAAAAUGUGUUCCCACGGAAACAUUAUCAACGAUUGUAGAAAGAAUUGUCAAAGCUGAGGUUCAUCGUUUGGUAGUAGUGGACAAACAAGAUAAUGUUAUAGGUGUUGUAUCGUUAUCUGAUAUUCUAAAUUCCUUAAUUCUUAAGCCAACAGGUGUUGAUAUAUAAAGAACAUGCAACUUUAUUCAAUUUUACAACAUACAAAUGAUUUGCUGAAUUGAAUGGCUUCCAUGUCCUGGCGCACAGUUUGAGAUGUCAGCUGACAAAAAUGCACAUAUGAUGUGGUAUUUAGCAUCUUGUGUUUCCCCAAACCUAAAUUCAACAGUUACCUCAUUCCUGUUAUAGAUGAGUUGCAGGUUACCUGGUUGCUUAGAUACCAUGUGUGCGUAAGUGGGUCAAUUGUUAUUGAUUCACUUCUGGUCUAGCUUUUAGUAAAAUAUUUUACUAUGCUUGCCUGAAUCUAGUACAAAACAUGUUGAUUCAGUAUUGCAAGUAUCCAUCUUACAUUUGAAAGUUUACAAAAAGUUUUUAAAAAGAGAAGAAGAAAAAUUAUAUUUUUUUUUCCAUUCAUGCAUCACAAUAAAGUUGGCCACAUGUACAAAUACACUUAUAUUUGUAAGAUGUCUCUUGGCACAGCAUACAAGUUUGUGUGUUUAAUUUGUUGGAAAACUGAUGCCAAUCACUGGUUUUAAACAACCUCCCCCCUUUACCACCUUUCUUUCAUGAGAGCACACAGGUAUGUAGCAACCAUGAAACAUGCCCGUGGAACUUAAAACUCACCUGUUGACAGUUGAUAUAUAUUUUGUAAGACAUAAGCCCUGCUGAAUUAUAUGCAUCUGAAAUUCUAGUCAUCAGUAAUGCAAGUAUCCUGUCAAACUGAAUAUACAGCACAUUGUUAUUAAUAACACUGAUUAUUGAUAAUGGUACAGUUGUAAUCCAACUAAUUCAAACAACAGAAGGAUCAAAUUAUUAAUCUGUUCAAAUUAUUAAUCUGUUCAAAUUAUUAAUCUCUCGGUAAGAUGCAGGAUUCAGUAGGGCCAAUGCUAGGGUGAAAAUCAUCGUCACCAAAUACUUAUCUUGAAAAAAAAAAACCCAUCAUUUGUUAACUCACAUGUGUGUAGGGGUUUAUAUACAGUUCGGGUUUUACUGUUUAUAUCUUGCUGAUACCUCUUUAUUGGCCCCACGUUGUAAGUUGUAAAUAAGUCUACUAGGGAGUUUACCAGUGCCGUAUACAAGACCUUUUUUCACUCGGUGCAGAACUUUUAAUAAUUUAUGCAGCACAAAUCAAUCAAAUCCAAUUUGUAAAUUAUUUUCUUUUUCAAUAUGCACUAAGUAUAUAUAGUUUUCAUUUUGUAGUGUAAAUAGUUGUAUUUGCGUUAUUUUGGCACAUAAAGUAGGCCAAUGGACUGCCAACCAAUUGUUAGUCUUUCAAGCUCAUAUUUUUUUAAACUUCAAAACAACGUCACAAAAUUUAAAAGAAAGAAAUUUAGGUUUUUGUUAAUUUUCUUUGAUUAUUGUACUGUGUACCUGUGUCAAUUCCAAACGAUUCUGAGAUUCUGAGUAAUUUAUCUACAAGUUUGGUACAUUGCAAAUCAAACAUUCUCUUGAAAGGAGUAUCUGGAAAAAGACACACUUCAUGUAUGUUGAAACAAGAAGAGGGAUGGUGUUUUAUUUUUUGUUUGUUUUCCUGUGAGUAAAUAUAAACAAAUCUAUUUUUCUUGGUACUAUUGCAAGUACAUCAAAAAGAAGUGUGUAUUUUUGUGUUGAUGUAAAAGUUGGAAUUUCAGCUACCCGAUAGCAUAUUUCUAAAUUAGAAGCACCCCUCCAAUUGAUAUGUUGGUGAGCCUUUAAUUAAAAGUGUUGACAAUUAUAAUUAGAACUGACAUAGAAUGUGAUACUAGCACGCGAUAAAGAUCAAAUGUGGACAGUGUCUACAGACGAUAACAACAAUUUCAACCUUAACUGCGUUACUUUUCGGUGAUUUGUUGUUGAAUGUCAAUGAAUUUAUUGCCAUGCCACAGCCACAAAAAAAUUAUUUUA